AUAACCAUAGUUGUAACCUCACGGUGGACGCACGUGGGUCAAAAUGUCAAAAAUUGUUACUGCCAAAUCUUCUUGGAAGCCGGUCGAACUAGGAGUCGGGGACUUCGAAGGGUUGAUAGGGAUAGAGGAGUUGGUUGAUUACGAAGAGAGCGGAAAGAGGAAGGCGAAGGACGACGGAGCGAAGAAAAAGAAGAAGAGGAAAAAGUCGACCGGGAAGAAUGUCUUCAAGGUCGAAGAUGUCGUGGAGGAAGUGGACGUCGAACAGUGCGACCUCCUGCCUUGGAGUGCGAUCUGCGUCCCAGAGGAAAUAUCCAAGUCCCUCGUUCAAAAGGGUUUCAACGAGCCGACGGAGAUCCAGAGGCUUUGCAUCCCUGCAGCUAUUAAAGGGCGCAGAGACAUACUCGGAGCCGCUGAAACCGGAAGCGGUAAGACGCUCGCAUUCGGCAUACCAAUGAUAUAUGGCAUAAUGAAACAACUAGAAAAAAAUGAUGAAAGCGACAACAGCGAAUCAGAUGAUGAACAGGGCGAUAAUUGUGUUAAGGUAAAAAAACUCAGUACAGAAAAGAGGAAAAGCAGGUUGAUGGGGUUAGUCAUAACUCCGACUCGUGAGCUGGCAAUUCAAGUCAACGAUCAUAUUAAAGUCGCAGCAAAGUAUACGCCUGUUCAAGUUGCUGUCAUUGUCGGUGGGAUGAGUAUAGAAAAACAGACCAGGAUACUUGACAAAGGUCCUCAUAUUGUUGUUGGCACUCCCGGGAGGCUCUGGGAGCUCGUAGGAAGCCACCCUCAUAUGGCUUCUGCAAAGGAUAUUAAGUUUUUAGCUAUUGACGAAACAGACAGGAUGCUGGAGAGGGAUCACUUUCCAGAGCUUCGCUCGCUUCUCGAGAGCAUUAAUUCCAACCCUUUGACCGCCAAGAAAAGGCAGAAUUUCGUCUUUUCAGCCACACUCACUCUAGUUCACGAUGUUCCGAGUUAUAUCAAACAAAAAAAAAGAAAUAGAGCCAAAGGGCUUACGCCAGAGCAGAAACUAAAAAGUCUCGUUGAAAGCAUCGGUAUGGAAAAUUAUAAAAUUGUCGAUAUUACCAAGGCAAAAGGAACCGCUGACAAAUUAAAAGAGACAAAAAUAAGCUGUACAUUCGAUGAGAAAGAUUAUUAUUUGUACUAUUUACUUGAUAAGUAUCGAGGGCGAACUUUAGUAUUCUGCAAUAGCAUUUCUUCCGUGAGGAGGCUCGCUUCUCUUCUCAACAUACUCAACCGUCCACCGCUACCAUUACAUGCCAACAUGCAACAGAGGCAACGUCUUAAAAAUCUAGACAAGUUUAAAGCGAGAGAAGAUAGUAUACUGCUAGCCACAGAUGUUGCGGCAAGAGGCCUCGACAUCCCAGGUGUUCAGCAUGUCAUACACUACCAAGUGCCGCGUACUUCCGAAGGUUAUGUACACCGUAGCGGAAGGACCGCCAGGGCGAACCGAGAAGGCCUUACCAUUCUUUUAGUCGAGGCGGCUGAAAUCAACCAUUACACCAGGCUGUGCUUGACACUUAAGAGGGAAAAAGAUAUUGAGGACUUUCCAGUCGACAUCGACGGUAUUUCACGUGCCAAGAGGAUCGUGAGGGUUGCCAGGGAUAUAGACGCUAUAUCGCUCAAACUCAAGAAAACCAAAGACCAGGUCAGCUGGUAUGAGAAAGCUGCUGAAGAAAUGGACAUCGUCAUCGACGAUGACAAAACGUAUGUCGAUAACAAAGAGACAGCAGAUGCUAAAAGGCUUUUAAGACAGAAGAAAACAGAACUCGAAGAACUCAUCAAAAAGCCCUUAAAGUGCAAAGAAGAAAAGAAACUUUUUAAGAAAAUCAAAUUAUAUAAAAAAAAGAAAUAA